UUUGCAGGAGCCCGUGAAUAACAUCAUACGAAACAGGCGUGAGAGAACGUCCUCUCCUCCCUGCCUGCUUGCCGUAUGGUUGGCUACUGGGGGAGUAUCCCACCCCCACUCUCCUCUCACGGUCCCAAAGGUAAUUAUCGGAAUAGAGGGGAAUGCUUAGUAGGCUACUGGGCUAGAAGAGGGAGUCUAUAACGGACAUCCUGCAGUUAUCGUAAUUUCACACAUUAGAUAGAUAAUCGAUCAAUUCGAAACAGUGGAGUGUCGCUAUGCAAACGGACUGUUUGCGUUUACGAACUGGAGUGUUAUGGUCUUAGCAGUUGGAGAAGCUCAGACGAUCACUUCAUUUUGCGCGCUCAUAGAUUUAAUGUACAUUUAUGCGCGCUUUACUUUCUAAUAAUUAUUGAUCGGUUAAACCGCCACCCUGAAGUUCAUUGUUGUUAUUUUGGCCGCCGGCAUGGUGGCCUUUAUCGGAGCGGUCAUCUGCAUCAUUGCUGCAGUUCACACCGGAUCAUCUUCGGCCGCCGUAGCUCAGCCACUGGCUGACAACCAGUCGCUUCUGUCUACGGACGCGGGUGUCCAGACUCUUGCCCCUGGGUCCGUGCCUGCGCGGGCCGGACCUGUGGACGCUCUCCACGGUCCUGAAGCCAACGGCGGGGAACCGGGGAGCGUGGAGGCACCGACCUUCUACACAGUCAGCGGUACUACCGGAGGUGGACCAGGAGGAGGGGAACAGGUGAUCUACAGCCGCCUCAUCUGCACUCCCAUCCCCGCCGGCGAGUGCAAACCCAAAAACUUUCAGCAACAAGCGGACGACCCUACGCUGUACGCAGGCGAGGAUUGGGGAUACCUGCGCACCACGGCCGACGAGCUGCGACAAACCGUGCUUCAGCAGAAGGACGAGAUUCUCACAGACCAACGGACCAUUCGCGAGCUGACGGGGAAGCUAACCGAAUGCGAGAGGGACAUGGUGGUCGCUGGCAACCCCGAGAGGAGCGCGGGCAUAUGGGGUGGCAAACGGGACGAAGAAGACCACAUCAUGGUGAGAGACGAGGCGCCAUCUGAAAUACUCGCUGCCCGCGCUGUCCAGGAGCUGGAACAAGCCAUCAAUCAGCUGAAGGGCCGCAUUGAAAAACUAGAGUCGGAGAUGGGACCUCAUCCUCACAAUCACACAGCCACAAGCCAGAAGCCCGCGCUCCCGACGAUCCCGGCCGCCCCCAGUGGCGGCCGUGCAGAGGACGCGCCGCUGCAGGUGGAGGACCUGGAAGGGGAGCUGGAGAAGAAGAUGCAGCUGCUGGAGAAGGAGCGGAAGGCCCUGCGCCAGGAGAGCAUCCGUCACAGAGAGCGCAUCGACCAGGGCAUCAGCAGCGUCCACCAGAGGGUUACAGGGCUGGAGCAAGGACACACAGACGCUGUGUUGGAGAGUUUCCAGCUCUCCUUCCCUGUGCAGCGCCCCAGCAGCACCAGCAGGGCGGCAGCGUACGCGCUGGUGACGUCUCCCGUGCCCGCUCUGCACGCCCUGACCGUCUGCUUCUGGCUGCGCCCGCUGCACGGCCGCCUGGGCACCCCGCUCUCCUACGCUGUCCCCGGCCAGCCCAACGAACUGGUGCUGCUGCAGGGCAAGCACCAGCCACUGGAGCUCAUCGUCAACAACCAGGUGGCGCCGUUGCCUCUGAACGUCUCAGUGGGCAGCUGGCAGCACAUCUGUGUGAGCUGGCACAGGAAGGGGGGGCAAUGGAGAGUCUACCAAGGGGGCAAACUGCGUGGCGAGGGGCAAGGCGUGGCACCUGGACACUACAUCCGCCCCGGAGGCGUCCUCAUAUUGGGGCAAGAACAGGAUAUUGUCGGCGGUGGCUUUGAUGCCAGCCAGGCUCUAGAGGGCGAGAUGUCUCAGCUGAGCCUGUGGGACCGGACCCUGAGGCCGGCCGAGGUGUCAGCGCUCGCCCACUGCACCAAGGGCAUGCUGGGAAACGUAGUCCCCUGGAGGGAGCAGACCCUGGAGGUGUACGGUGGAGCCACCAGGGUGCCCGGGGAGCCCUGUGCCAACCAGCACGCCAGUGCCAAGCAGUGAGGGGGCAGGAGAGGUGCCAGCCACCAGACUGGCAUCAGGCUCAGGAAUGCCAGAGGAACUGGAAUGGGCAGAGCGUGGCGAGGGAGGCAAGGAUGUGAUGUCACGUCACAUCACGCCACGUCACGUCACGAAUGUCAAGAGGAGGGGGAGGGGGGGGUGCGGAGUGAUGGAUUUCACAAGCCAAUGCUUGUGUGAACCAAAACAAGUGUUUUCCUUUUGUCUUUGUUUAGCGUUUGCUUUCUUUGAUUGUGAACAUUGUUUGUGGUGCUUCGGUUGUUAACACUCUCUCUUGGUAUUCAUGUCGAUGCUCUUUAGUCUUAACAGACCUCCGCUCUGUCAUCCGUGGCGUCUCACAGACACCAACGCGCAGAUGAUUUGAUUUAUUUUUGUGGUUUGUUUAUGCGUCACUGGGAUUGUAAUUAUUUACAGAUUUACAGCUGUGUUGUUUUAUACGUUAUGCGUUCAAGCAGUCCAAGCAGCACAACCGUCUUUGGUGAUUAGUCAUGCUUGUUGCUGAGCACAAUUUUAUACAGUUGCCAUCGUAUAGGCUUUUUCUUUUCUUUUCUGAAAAGUGAUAUAUCUUGUGUUUUUUCUAACUUUAGAUAUAAGACUGUAUAUAGUGAGGGAGGGGGCGCAUGCUCGUCAAAGUAAUCUAUCUGCCAAAUGCCUCGAACUGUGUUGAAAUUUGGCGAUUAAACCUUGGGAUUUAGAAACUGAUGAAGCGUGAAUGUGCCCUGGCAGUGCUACACAGCUACACUACGGCUCCAAGAGGCCAAUAACCCCUCAGCACAAACACUCAGAGAGAGAGAGAGAGGGAGAGAGAGACUCUUUAGAGAUGAACAGCCACUAAACGGUUUUCCUCAAGAGAUGAGCAGCCACUAAACAGGUUCCUCUUCAGAGGUGAGGAACUGCUAAAUGGGUUCCUCUUUAAUGACGAACAGCCACUAAGCGAGUUCCUCUUUAGAGAUGAAGUCACUAAACGGGUUCCUCUUUAGAGAUGAACAGCCCCUACAUGGGUUCCUCUUCAGAGGUGAGGAACUGCUAAAUGGGUUCCUCUUUAAUGACGAACAGCCACUAAACAGGUUCUCUUUAGAGAGUAACAGCCACUUAACGGGUUCCUCUUUAGAGAUGAACAGCCACUAAACGGGUUCCUCUUUGGAGAUGAACAGCCACUAAACGGGUUCCUCUUUAGAGAGUAACAGCCGCUGCCUCAGAACAGCCUCACAAACGGGUUCGAGGCCAGCAAGACAAGAAGCCAUAGCAGUAAACGAGAAGGCCAGUUUCAAAUAGCAAAAGCAGUUCCGUCGUCCCCAUCUGCAUUGUUUUUAACAAGGAGCACAACAUCAUACUGUACAUUCUCCUCAUGACACAAUUUGCCAUACCCAGUUUCAUUGGGCUAUUGUGUGUUUUGUUAUAAAUUAUAUUAUUAUUUGUUAUAAAUUAUAUUAUUUAUAAAUAUAAAUAUUGAACCUUCCUUACCUCACACACUUAUAACCUGUUGGGUCCCUCAUUUCAGUGGAGCUACAGUGCUGGGACAGUAUGUUACUGUGUUGGGGACAGUGUUGGACAUAGCACUGUGUGUGUUGGGGACAGUGUGUUGGGGACAGUGUUGGACAUAGCACUGUGUGUGUUGGGGACAGUGUUGGACAUAGCACUGUGUGUGUUGGGGACAGUGUUGGACAUAGCACUGUGUGUGUUGGGGACAGUGUGUUGGACAGCACUGUGUGUG